AUGCCCUGUCUCGGAGCAGCGAUUGAUCUUCAUCCCUCCCUUCCCCCAGAUGAGGGAAUUAAAGUGGUCCAUACUCUACUCGAGGCCUCGGCUAACGCCCGCUCUGUUAAGGAGGGCGUUGCUCUCUGUGCUAAACUCGUCGAACAGUUGAGCGACAACAACAUUUGUCCGGAGAUCCGAAAACUGUUCAUAAACUCUCCAGAACUACGACUUGCUAUUCUGAGUGUAGACGGUGGUGGCCGACUCGCUAAGUUAGUUCUCACCGGCUCCCUACCUGCCGGGCUAUUGUCAUCGUCCCUGGAAGGCGUAUCUCGCCUUCCUACUGCCACUCACUGGCAGCUGGCUCUGGCCAUGUCCCCACAGCUAGAUAGGAGCGUAGCUGUGUGUCUGCUCGCAUGGCUGUUCUUCAAUGUCUACGAGUGUGGUGGCCAUAUUGAGGCCCUUCUGGCUCCUACUGGUAGUUUCAACAGAUCGGAGAUGGAUUUCAAUGUCGCUCUGUUAUUGGCGAGCCUGCAUGCAUCAGUCGAUCAAUCGCCACAGGGAGCCUGUCUUAUUGAGCUAUUGUCAAGCACGAGCUUCUCGUGGGAGGCCGAGGAAUGCACUUUACACAGCACUGAAGUGAUCAUUGACACUAUUGUGUUUUUGGCCGCUGACGUUGACGGCGUUGAUGCUCUGACCUGUCGUAGACUGAUGGACGUGAUGAUUGAAUUGAUAAGCCGCAAGCCUGAGCUCGAACGUGAUCGUCGUAUAGUUGAAGUCGCCUCUCGGUGUUUACAUCGAGGAGCAUGCUCAAUUGAGCAGGAAUCAGAACAACUCAUACACGCAAUGAGGAAGCUGAUAGCAACAGUACCGGGGGUGAGCCUUGGCUUGAGUGCCAAUUGUCCGGCUAUUAUCAAGGCUCUAUCCUCUACAGCUCUUUCAUCUGCUACGUUCACGAACGCUUCAAUCUGCGAUGGUCUGCUCCAUCUACUUAGCCAUUGCCUUAUGAACGGCUCGACCGACGCGACACAGAGCCGUAUAGUGGUAUCAAUGUUGAGGUCGUGUGUUCAUGACAUUGCCAGACGCCUUUGCUCGAGUGGUAACGAGGUGCUCAGCCCUGUGAUCCCUGUACUGCUCAAGGUGUGCACCCAAGCCUCCUUCCAUCAUUGUGCUGAUCCUGAUCCAUACGUCAUAGCUCUUGCUGAGAUGUCUGAAUCACGAGUUCACGGCACCGCCUAUUUGUUGUCGAUUUCUGCUCUCCCUUCAUCGUCCUCUACUCUGCCUGUGGUACCCCCUAUUGAGGAUACAGAGCGAGCUCAAUGGUUCAUCCAAUGGGCUCAGCUCCUCCUGGUUGGAUUCAAUUCGGGAAGUCGAAUCGAUGCUGGACUCAUUCAAGCCUCACUCGUCCCCGCUUGUGAGACGGUCGCUAUGAACUCAGAGAAAGACCCUUGCCCAGCUCACGUCGUCGUUAGUGCUGUUACGCUCUGGGUGACCCUUCGCGCUCUCUCUGAGGAGGCUCGAGAUUCCCUCGUUCAAGAAGCCGCUUUAAACGUCAUCGUCUCCAAAAGCGACUGUUCACGAAUUCCUUUUUUGGUGUUGAUCCUGUCAAUCGUUGUGGACCCACCCCUAUGGUUGGGUCUUCCUCCAUUUGUACACAAAUUAGUUCAACCGUUGAUCAACGAGGUAACUGCGGCCCGUCAUACUGCACCGUUGGCUAGGCGUAUCCUUCGGGAAGUGGUUGAACUCGAGCUCCUCCCUCUGGGCGCCGUCCCUGUCGUCAUGAGGCUUCUUGGGAAGUCCAUUGACGAAACAGAAGCCCCUCGAGCACCCUGUCAAAGUUGGGCAGAUGAUUGGGUAUCAACUACCUGCAUUGUAUUGGCUGAUAAGCUUUCUUUGGCUCUCGUUGAGGGCAGUUCUUAG